AUGUUCACAUUUACUCCGCUGCUAGGAGCACAGUCCUCGUCCUCGAAAGCUUCGCAGUCGAUUUUGGAAUUGGAUGGUGGAAUCAAGAUUCUUGUGGACGUCGGUUGGGACGAUACAUUUGAUACCCUCGAUUUGGUGGAAUUGGAGAAACACGUGCCGACCCUCUCCCUCAUCCUCUUAACUCACGCGACACCUGCGCAUCUCGGUGCCUUUGCGCACUGCUGCAAGACUUUCCCUCUCUUCACGCAAAUCCCCGUAUACGCCACAAGCCCCGUCAUCUCCCUCGGUCGUACACUUUUACAAGACCUCUACGCUUGCUCUCCGUUAGCUGCGACAUUUCUACCGAAAGCUUCCAUCUCCGAACCGGGCGCAUCCACGUCGGCAGCAUCCGCAGCAGCCUCCGUGACCGAAGGAGAAGCAAAUCCAGAGCCCAGCAGCGCUGGACGUAUCCUUCUUCAACCUCCUUCCGCGGAAGAAAUCGCGAAAUAUUUUUCCUUGAUUAACCCGCUUAAAUAUUCGCAACCACACCAGCCGGCUGCCUCUCCGUUCUCUCCGCCGCUGAACGGGCUUACGCUUACCGCCUACAGCGCGGGACAUACUGUUGGUGGUACAAUAUGGCACAUUCAGCAUGGAAUGGAAUCGAUCGUCUAUGCGGUCGAUUGGAACCAAGCGCGUGAAAAUGUGGUCGCGGGUGCAGCGUGGUUUGGUGGCUCCGGUGCCAGUGGAACAGAGGUCAUCGAACAGCUGCGGAAGCCAACGGCAUUGAUCUGCAGUAGCAAAGGUGGCGACAAAUUCGCUCUUCCUGGAGGGCGGAAGAAGCGCGACGAUGUGCUGCUCGACAUGAUCCGGAGCAGUUUGGCCAAGGGUGGCACUGUUUUGAUCCCGACUGACACCAGCGCACGGGUCUUGGAGUUAGCGUAUGCCCUAGAGCAUUCCUGGCGCGAUGCCAGUGCGAAUAACGAAAGCGAAGAUGUGUUGAAGAGUGCUGGAUUAUAUAUGGCGGGCAGGAAGGCGAACACUACAAUGCGGUUGGCAAGGAGUAUGCUUGAGUGGAUGGACGAGAAUAUCGUUCGCGAGUUCGAAGCGGCCGAAGGAGUGGACGCCACGACUGGCCAAUCCCAGAACAAAACCGGCAAUCAGAGACAAGGCCAGGAUAGCGGAGGAGCUAAAGGGGCAGGUCCUUUCACGUUCAAGCAUCUUAAACUUGUGGAACGGAAAAAGAAGAUGGAGAAGAUCUUGUCUGAUCAGACACCUAAGGUCAUUCUGGCGUCUGAUUCUUCGUUGGACUGGGGAUUCGCAAAGGACUCCCUUCGUCUGGUGGCCGAGGGUCCGAACAACCUACUUUUGCUCACAGAGCCAUUGCAUAAAGAGAAUUCCCCAGAGAGCCUAGAGUCCCGGAAGAUGAGCCUUGGUAACAUGAUCUGGCAAUGGUACGAGGAGCGACAGGAUGGUGUUGCUUUGGAGAAAGCUUCAGAUGGCGAAUUGCUGGAACAAAUCCAUAGUGGUGGUCGGGAAUUGUCGUGGACUAAUGUACAGCGAGCACCCCUUGAUCCUGGCGAGCAAUUACUCUACCAACAGUAUCUUGCCACUAAGAUACAACUCCAAGACACUUCCCAGGGUCGAGGCCAGGAGAACCUCGAUAACACUGCGGACGCACUCGAUGACCGGUCCAGUUCCACAACGUCUGAAGACUCGGAAACAGAGCAGCAGGGUCGAGUGCUGAAUUUCUCCACAUCUCUUGCUCAUGCCAACCGUAACAAACUCGGUCUCAGCGACGAAGAUCUCGGUAUCAACGUUCUUCUACGGCGGAAGAAUGUCUACGACUACGAUGUCCGGGGUAAAAAAGGCCGUGAACGCAUAUUCCCUUACGUGGCGCCGAGAAAGAAAGGUGAUGAAUUUGGUGAAUUCAUUCGGCCGGAAGAAUACCUGCGUGCAGAGGAACGUGAAGAAGUCGAUAUGCAGCAACGGCGGUCUGACUCUCAGACGAAACUCGGUCAGAAACGGCGGUGGGACGAGACAGGACCGAACGGACGACGGCUUUCCGGUAGUGGCAACAAGCGGCAGCAAGGGCUUGGAGAUGAUGAGAAGAGAGAUACAACAGAUGAUCUCAGCUUCGCUGAUGAAGGCGAGGGGGCUGAUGGUGCUGUAUCUUCAGAGGACGAAAGCGAUGAGCAGGUGUUCGAGGGACCGGCGAAGGCUGUCUACGAAAAGGCGGCGAUUACCAUCAACGCACGUCUGGCAUUUGUGGAUUUCACAGGUAUACACGACAAGCGAAGCUUGGAGAUGCUGAUUCCCCUCAUCCAGCCGCGCAAGUUGAUUCUCGUCGGCGGAACAAAGGGCGAAACGACCGCAUUGGCCACCGAAUGCGGGAAACUCUUGGCCGCUAAAGCCGGCGUGGAUGUCUCUGCAGCAGACGCUUCUGUAAUCUUCACCCCGACCAACGGCGAGGUCAUCGACGCCAGCGUCGACACGAACGCCUGGAUGGUCAAACUGGGUAACAACCUCGUCCGUCGUCUAAACUGGCAACACGUCCGCAGUCUAGGCGUCGUCGCUCUAACCGCCCAACUCCGAGGCCCCGAACUCCCGGCCCCAGAAGAGGACUCAGAAGAAUCCGCUACUAAGAAACAAAAACUCCUCAAAGAAGAGGCCACUUCCGACGCUGUCUCCACCUUGGACGGCACAAAACCCUCUGCCGAGAAAUCCGACGUCUUCCCCAUGCUCGACGUCCUCCCCGCAAACAUGGCAGCGGGUACACGGUCCAUGGCCCGGCCCCUGCACGUCGGCGACCUCCGUCUCGCCGACCUGCGCAAAAUCAUGCAGAGCGCGGGCCACAAGGCCGAAUUCCGCGGAGAAGGAACGCUGCUUAUUGACGGGUUAGUUGCGGUGAGGAAAUCUGGGACGGGGAGGAUUGAGAUUGAGGCGGGGGCGCAGGCUGCUGCGGCGACGAAUGGGACAAUUGGAAUGAGGGCUGGGAAGGGGAGCUUUUUGGCUGUUAAGAGGAAGAUUUAUGAGGGGCUGGCUGUUGUUUCGGGGACUUGA